GUUGUCCCAAUGCAAGGUUGUUCCUCCCAAUGUGCGUUGUCUAGACCAUCCCCAUGUAGGAACUUCUCCUGGCCGUAUAUAAAGAGGCGACCCAGCCUCGCUGCCCGUUGGUAACUAUGUGCUUUUGCCGCCUCUCUCGCUCUCUACCGCACCCACUUUCACUUACUAGGCCCAGCGCCGUUACAUUCUUUUCUUGGUGAUUACGUUCAUUUGAAUAUCAUCGUCCAUUCACUUUCAUCCCCGGAACGCUCGCAAAUAGACGAGAUCGAACCCACGGACUUCAAUACCAAUCCAUUCAUUCAGUAUACUAGACGAACAGAAAGAGGAGUCAGUCAGUAACAGCAAAUACACGAGAUGAAAAUGCUUUCCAAAUACGCCCAACUUCUCUUUUCUCUCACGCCGUUCGUCGGAGCUCUUGUGCCCCCAGCACAAGAUGGCAUGAGAAUCAUCUGGUCCGAGACCUUCCAAGGAAACGCCGGCGCACCCCCUCGAAGUGACACAUGGAACGUCGCCUUGGCCAUCGACACGAACAACGAGGUCCAGACUUACACCGAAUCGUCCUGGAACGUCCAAAUAUCAGGUGGUGAAACCAUCCAGCUCAUUCCCCGAAAGUCAGCAAGCGGCGUAUGGACAUCUGCGCGUAUCGAGACAAAGGCAGCGUGGACACCCCAGCCGGGAGGGAAGAUGCGGGUCCAGUCAAUGUUCAGGAUGGGCGACAACGCAAAUAAGCAGGGUAUGUGGCCUGCCUUUUGGAUGCUGGGCGAUGCCGUUCGCAACGGGGUUCAGUGGCCCCUCUGCGGCGAGCUCGACAUCUUUGAACAGAUCAACGGCCAGGCCACCGCCACGGGUACCGUUCACUGCCAACAAGAAUCCGGCGGCAUCUGCAACGAGCCCAGCGGCCGUGGCGUGGCUACUUCGAUGCCCGACAACGGUUGGCACACUUGGGCACUGGAGUGGGACCGCACGUCGAACAACUGGGUCACCGAGACCAUCACAUGGUACCGCGAUGGUGUUGUCUUCAACCAGCUCAAGGGCAGCGAUAUUGGUGAUGAAGGCAUCUGGGCGACCCUCUGUCACAUGCCCUACUAUGUGCUUAUGAAUGUAGCAGUUGGCGGCACGUUGCCGGGUUCUCCUACCGACGCUACUCAGGAUGGCUACGGAAGCAUGAUGGAGAUCGGAUACCUCACGGUAUACCAGUCGCCUUGAGUGCAGCUGCCUCUAAUGGCUGUAUGCGUAAUGAGCUCGGCCUCGCGGACACCGCUCUCACAUAUCUCCGUCAUGUUAUGAACUCCGGCCAUCACAUAGUGCCCCAAUGUCGAAUCUCGUACGUUCGAAUCGCACAUGGCUCCUUUGGCACGCACUCCCCCUUUUCUCAAGACAGGAUAAUUCUUGCCCCUUUGGUAUAUACCCCUUUUUGGAAAGCGAUAGAUAGCGGCUGCCUUUACACUCAUACGUUCUGC